CAAUGUGGUAACUUUGAUGAUUUGUCCUUUGGGCCGUUGAUGCUACUUUGAGAACUAUAGCCGUCGAAAAGACUCAAACGAUGGUCGCUACUAGACUCAAUGUUUUCUGCAAGAAUUCUAUCGAGACAGCGAAGAUUGCACGGGUGAUGGGACGACUUCCAGCGCCUAUAGGGCCCAAUGUUUAUAAGGAUAUUUGGAUUGAUGAUGUUAACGAAGCGGUGUUGACAACGGAUGGAAGCGUGGGAAUCCGAACCAAGCAAAAGGUUCCUUUAGCUUUAGCGUUGGUAAUUCUCACUGUUAUGCUCAUCAGAAGCCAAGGUUACGAGAUUGUACUAACUCUCUGCUGUGCUCCAGAUGCAUCACUCACAGUUUGGAUCUCGUCCCGUAAGGUCUAG